AUGUCUCAAGGUAAAAUAGUGCUAAUGGCAUGUGGAAGUUUUAGUCCACCGACGUACAUGCACUUACGAAUGUUUGAAAUAGCAAAAGAUUACAUACAUUCCCUAGGUCUGGGAACAAUUGUUGGUGGGAUUGUAUCGCCAGUGCAUGAUGCAUAUGGAAAGAAAGAUUUAGUUGCUGCCCAUCAUAGAGUGGCCAUGUUAAAGCUCGCACUACGGUCUUCUGGUUGGAUUAAGGUGUCCGAAUGGGAGACACAGCAAACCGGUUGGACGAGGACCAGAGCGUCUAUUAAGUACCAUCAAGACACAAUCAACACACCACCGCAAACAGAGACGCCGACUUGGUUGCCAGACGACAUCCUCAACGUCAACAUUGACGACUGUAACUCGAACCACGUGAACGGGAACAGCGAUGACGUCACUGUCAAAUUAUUAUGCGGCGCCGAUCUGUUGGAGUCCUUUGCGACGCCGGGGCUGUGGUCAGAUGAUGAUUUGGAGGCGAUAUUAGGACGACACGGCAUUGUGGUGGUGUCACGGGCUGGCAGUGACCCCGGCAGGUUUAUAUAUGAGUCCGACAUGCUCUAUAAAUAUAGGAAAAAUGUUCUUCUGGUUACAAAUUACAUAGUGAAUGAAGUGAGUUCAACGGUUAUAAGACGACUCUUGCGCAGAGGCGAGAGCCCGAAAUAUUUGACAGAUGACGCAGUGUUAUCAUACAUCAGGCAGAACCAAUUGUACGGAACCACAGCGAAUGUCACGUGA